CAGGCGGCCUGCGGGUCCUGACCGCCGCGUCCGCGGCCGGAGGUGAAGGCAGAAGCUGACCCGAGGCUCGGUGGCUGGAGCGGAUCUCGGUGUGACGUGUCUCCAGGUACUUCAUGGUGUUCUCCUCCAGCCUCUCCAUACCACUGUGCUACGCAGCUCCUGAAACAUGGGGGAAAACGAAGACGAGAAGCAGAGCCAGGCCGGGCAGGUUUUUGAGAACUUUGUCCAGGCUUCCACGUGCAAAGGCACCCUCCAGGCCUUCAACAUCCUCACACGACACCUGGACCUAGACCCUCUGGACCACAGGAAUUUUUAUUCCAAGCUCAAGUCCAAGGUGACCACCUGGAAAGCCAAAGCCCUGUGGUAUAAACUGGACAAGCGUGGAUCCCACAAGGAGUAUAAGCGAGGGAAGUCCUGUAUGAACACCAAGUGUCUCAUCAUUGGGGGAGGACCAUGUGGUUUGCGCACUGCCAUUGAACUUGCCUACCUGGGGGCCAAAGUGGUUGUGGUGGAGAAGAGGGACACCUUCUCCAGGAACAAUGUGCUGCACCUCUGGCCUUUCACCAUCCAUGACCUGCGGGGCCUGGGAGCCAAGAAGUUCUAUGGAAAGUUCUGCGCUGGCUCCAUCGACCACAUCAGCAUUCGUCAGUUGCAGCUCAUCCUAUUCAAGGUGGCCUUGAUGCUGGGAGUUGAAAUCCAUGUGAACGUGGAGUUUGUAAAGGUUCUAGAGCCUCCUGAGGAUCAAGAAAAUCAAAAGAUCGGCUGGCGGGCAGAAUUUCUCCCUGCGGACCACUCUCUGUCGGACUUUGAGUUUGACGUCAUCAUUGGCGCCGACGGCCGCAGGAACACGCUGGAAGGGUUCAGAAGGAAAGAAUUCCGUGGGAAGUUGGCUAUUGCCAUCACCGCCAACUUCAUAAACAGAAACAGCACAGCUGAGGCCAAGGUGGAAGAGAUCAGUGGUGUGGCUUUCAUCUUCAACCAGAAGUUUUUUCAGGACCUUAAAGAAGAAACAGGGAUUGAUCUUGAGAACAUUGUUUACUACAAGGACUGCACCCACUAUUUUGUCAUGACCGCCAAGAAGCAGAGCCUGCUUGACAAAGGUGUCAUCAUUAAUGACUACAUCGACACGGAGAUGCUGCUGUGCGCAGAGAAUGUGAACCAGGACAACCUGCUCUCCUACGCCCGUGAGGCCGCAGAUUUCGCCACCAAUUACCAGCUGCCAUCAUUAGACUUUGCUCUGAACCACUACGGGCAGCCGGACGUGGCCAUGUUCGACUUUACCUCCAUGUACGCCUCCGAGAAUGCGGCCUUGGUGCGCGAGCGCCAGUCACACCAGCUCCUCGUGGCCCUGGUGGGCGACAGCUUGCUCGAGCCAUUUUGGCCCAUGGGCACAGGCUGUGCCCGAGGCUUCCUGGCAGCCUUUGACACAGCCUGGAUGGUGAAAAGCUGGGACCAGGGCACCCCUCCCCUGGAGCUGCUUGCUGAAAGAGAAAGUCUUUACCGGCUGUUACCUCAGACCACCCCGGAGAACAUCAACAAGAACUUUGAGCAGUACACGCUGGACCCAGGGACACGGUACCCAAAUCUCAACUCCAACUGUGUCAGGCCCCAUCAGGUGAAGCAUUUGUAUGUCACUAAGGAGUUGCACCAGUGCCCUCUCGAGAGGCUGGGCUCGGUGAGGAGAUCCAUGAGCCUCUCCAGGAGGGAGUUAGACAUCCGGCCCAGCAAGCUCUUAACCUGGUGCCAGCAGCAAACCGAGGGCUACCAGCAUGUCAACGUCACCGACCUGACCACAUCCUGGCGCAGCGGCCUGGCCCUGUGCGCCAUCAUCCACCGCUUCCGGCCUGAGCUGAUCAACUUUGACUCUCUGAACGAAGAUGACGCUGUGGAGAACAACCAACUGGCAUUUGACGUGGCCGAGCGUGAGUUUGGCAUCCCCCCAGUGACCACGGGCAAGGAGAUGGCGUCAGCCCAGGAGCCCGACCAGCUCAGCAUGGUCAUGUACCUCUCCAAGUUCUAUGAGCUCUUCCGAGGCACCCCGCUGAGGCCUGUGGAUUCUUGGGGCAAAAACUAUGGAGAAAAUGCGGACCUCAGCUUGGCCAAAUCCUCCAUUUCUCAUAACUAUCUCAACCUCACAUUUCCAAGAAAGAGGACUCCACGGGUGGACACCCAGACUGAAGACAGCGACAUGAACAAACGGAGGCGGAAAGGCUUCAACAACCUGGAUGAGCCUUCAGCUUAUCCCAGCCGCAGCCUGCGCUGCAGUCCAGAAGGUGGCAGCGGGAGAGAAGGGGGAGGCCAGAACAAGGUCAAGUCCAUGGCAAGUCAGCUGCUAGCCAAGUUCGAGGAGAGCUCUCGGAACCCCUCGCUCCUGAGGCAGGAAUGCCGUGUCUCAGGGAUAGGUAAGCCUGUCCUGCGUACUUCCUCUGACCCACCUGUUAACUCUCGCUGCCCUAGGCCGGAGGAGCCCACACCCAGCCCGUCAUCUCCUCUGAAAAGGCAGUUCCCCUCGGUGGUUGUGACGGGGCACGUGCUCCGAGAGCUAAAGCAAGUGUCUACUGGCGACGGGUGCCCGAGCAGGCCCUGGAGAGCCAGAGCCAAGUCUGACCUGCAGCUGGGCAGGCCCGAAGCCCCUGCUGGCCUGCCUCCCGCCUGCCAGGGAGCUCUGGCCCUUUCCGGGGUGCUGCGGCGGCUGCAGCAAGUGGAGGACAAGAUUCUGCAGAAGAGGGCUGAGAACUUGGCCAACAGGGAAUUUCACAAAAAGAACAUUAAGGAGAAGGCGGCUCACCUUGCCUCCAUGUUUGGACACGGGGAUUUUCCGCAGAAUAAACUACUUUCUAAAGGCCUGUCUCUCGCUCACCCUCCGGCUUCUCCCUCCUGCCUUCCGUCUCCCGAUCCCGCUGCUGCUUCCUCUCCAUCGACUGCUGACUCUGUUUCUCCUGCCAGAAAGGCAAAGAAGUCACCUUCAGGUUUCCAUUUCCAUCCCAGCCACUUAAGAACAGUGCGGCCUCAGCUGACGGUAGGGAAAGUAUCCAGCGGAAUAGGGGCUGCAGCUGAAGUCCUGGUCAAUCUGUACAUGAAUGAUCACAGACCUAAGACCCAGGCCACCUCUCCAGACCUGGAAUCCAUGCGGAAGGUGUUCCCCCUGAGUCUGGGCGGCAGCGACACCUGUCACUUCUGCAAGAAGCGCGUGUACGUGAUGGAGCGGCUGAGCGCAGAGGGCCACUUCUUCCACCGAGAGUGUUUCCGCUGCAGCAUCUGCGCCACCACCCUGCGCCUGGCUGCCUACGCCUUCGACAGCGACGAAGGCAAGUUUUUCUGCAAGCCUCAUUUCAUUCACUGUAAGACCAACAGUCAGCAAAGGAAGAGACGAGCAGAGUUGAAGCAACAAAGAGAGGAGGAGGGACCGUGGAAAGAGCCGGAGGCCCCUCGGCGGGACGCUCCCGUGGAAAGUUCUUGCGCAGCUGCUGCUGUUGGUGCCCCCGAAGGCAGCCCUCCAGAUGAGCCAACCUCCCCCAAGAAGCCCAAGAGUGUCCUGGAGCCAGAGCCCAGUGAUAUGGAAGGUGAAGCCACCUCUCUCCUGCCCUCUGAGUGGACCUCAGUGAGGAUCAGCCCUGGGGAGAAUGUAGUUGGAGAAGAUAUGAUGGCUGUGCAUGUCCUGGUCACCAGUGAUGACAGCAGCUCUGACGCAGAGCCAGACUGCCCCAGCAGUGAGGCAUCUGGUGCACAGCCCUGUGAGGAGAGACCCCGGCAGCCGGAGCCCCUCACCAGGCACAGCUCCCUGAGAGAGGCCCCAACCAGGAAAGUCUCCCCACCGUGCCCUGAGGAGUUGCAAGCGGUGCAUGCAGCUCUGCAACGGGCCAGUAGCUUCCAGUCUCCACCUCCCAGCAAAUACCAGAGCUGGAGAAGAAAAUUCCAGUCGAGUUUGACGCCAGUGAACAACAAAACAACUAUGUCACCUUCAAAGGAAGCUGCUCCUCUUUCUUCUUCCUCAUUAUCUUCUCCCUCAUCUUCGCUGCCAUCUUUUUCUUCAGCCAGUGUCCCAGGGAAUGCUCUGGAUGGCUUCUCCCUACCUCAGGUGACAGCUAACAACCUGCCCUCACAGGUCUUAAGAGGUCACUCCAGCCCUUCCACUCCAAUCUUUCUGAGGCGUGCCAGAGCCCAAGGGUUACCCAAGGACAUGCCCCUGUAUCUGCCUCAUGGCCAAGUGCUGGAGCGGGCAGAGUACUGCAUGAUGAGGCCUGGUGGAGAUGGCCUCACCAGCCCCCAGCCACCCAGCCUUGCAGAGAUGGCUUCUGAUGAGUGUCAGGGAGCAGAGGCCCCUCUUCGGGACACCAGAAGCAUCCGCAGAGGCCCUCACCCCACUGGAGGGAAAGACAGGUGCUUGCCAGACCAAAAGCUAUCUCCCAGGGCUGGAGAGGACCCAGGAGAAAAGAACACUGGACCCAGAAGAGGAGAGGAGGAUGGGUCAGAGUUGGAAGAGGGGAAGAAGCUGGACUUGAAGAAGUUAGUCCUCACUCCGGAGCAGAAGACAAAGCUGCUGGACUGGAACCAUUCCAUCCCUGAGAGUAUGAGCCUGGAAGCUGGGGCACAGUCUGCCCAGAGAAGUACUGACAAUGGUAGGGGAGGCUGUGUCCUGAAACCAGUUAGUCCCUUGCUGCUCCCCCGGACAGCGAGAGAGACCCCGCCCACCCAAGGAAGGGCUCAGGAGAAGACGGGGACCCCAGCUGAACGGGCUCCACCCAAGUCCCCACUUCGGCUCAUAGCAAAUGCCAUCCGAAGGUCCCUGGAACCCCUCCUCCCCAACUCGGAAGGUGGGAGGAAGGCCUCUGCCAAGCCAGAAUCAAAGACCUCGCCCACCAGCCAGCCGCAUGCUUGCACUCGCUCCUUCAGUCUUCGCAAAACCAGCUCCAAUAAAGACGGCAACCAGCAGUCCCCGGGGAAGGACAUGGCGAGCAGGGCCUCAGCCUUCUUUUCCUGGGGCUCCCCACCUGCCAGGGCUGCCCAGCCCUCGUACCCUAGCCCUCCUGACCUUGCCCUCCGCACCCAUAGCUUGCCCAACCAACCGUCCAAGGUGUUUCCUGCACUCAUGACCCCGCCCUGCCACAAGAUGGAAGAUGUUCCCACACUCCUUGAGAAAGUGAGUUUGCAAGAGACAUCCCCAGAUGCUUCUCAGGUUCCAAAGGGAAAAAUCUCGCUCUUUCCCUCCUUCAGACUCAAAGACAAAUCUUUUGAGAGUUCCCUCCAAGAAUCCAAACAAAGAAAGGACCUCCAGGACCUCUUUAGCACCCCCAGGGGGGCAGGGGAGCCGGCAGACAGCACCCAGCCCCUGGAGAAGUUGGCACAGCCUUUCAGUAGCACCUGCCUAGGGCAGAGGGUCCGUCCUCCUUCUCCAGACAAAGAUGCAAGUCCCAAACACAUCCCUAUCCAAGUGCAAGUGCCAGGGACCGCCUCUUCUACCUCCUCCACCAGCCCCUCCUCUGCAGAUGAAGACUUUCAUCCCCAGCCUUCCUUGCGGUCAAAGGAGAGGAAGACACUCAGAAGAAGGCAGCUGGAGAAAGCCACAAAACAAUUGGUUAAGCAAGAAGAAUUGAAAAGACUUCAUAAAGCUCAGGCCAUCCAGAGGCAGCUGGAGGAGGUGGAGGAGCGCCAGAGGGCUUCGGAGAUCCAAGGCGUGAGGCUGGAGAAGGCACUGAGAGGAGAAGCAGAUUCAGGCACACAAGAUGAAGCACAGCUUUUGCAGGAAUGGUUUAAGCUGGCUCUAGAGAAGAAUAAAUUAAUGCGAUAUGAGUCGGAGCUACUGAUCAUGGCCCAAGAAUUAGAAUUGGAAGAUCAUCAAAGCAGACUGGAACAGAAGUUAAGACAGAAAAUGCUCAAGGACGAGAGCCAGAAAGAUGAGAAUGAUCUGAAUGAGGAGCGAGAAAUAUUCAGCGAGAUGAUGCAAGUGAUUGAACAAAGGGACAGACUCGUGGACUCCUUGGAGGAACAGCGCAUAAAAAAAAAGGCUGAAGACCAGCACUUUGAAAGCUUCAUAUUCUCCAGGGGCCGUCAGUUGAGCAGGACAUGAGCAGGCCCAAGGUGCUCCCCGCCCCCGCCAGGGUGCCGGCUGAGGACAGAUGGGGCCAGGCACGCCCCCCACACUCACAGUUCCUUUGGCAGGAUCUGCCGUACCUGGAACUUAAGGGAUACUCUAUUGCCAUCUUUUCUUAAACACUAAAAUUCUUCCAUAUGGAGUACAGCUGCCCG